AUGUCACGCCGUAAUGAGUUUACUGGCUACCCUACGCCGGGUCAGAAUCCUGCUGCCCAGCAGCACCCGCAGCAUGGCCAGCAACACCAUCAACAGCAGGCGCAGCAUGGCCAACAUCAAUCGCACCAAACGCAUCAGACUCAUCAGUCUCAUGCUCAGCAUGGUUCGCAUGCGCAGCACCAGCAGCAGCACACGCAGCAUCAGUCACAGCCACAGCAUCACCAGCAGCACCAUGCUACCCCUGUGCCCCCGCCAAUCAAUUUGUCGACAUCAACUGCAACGACUACACCACAGCAGUCUACUCCCACGCAGACUCCGGCUCAACCAGCCGCUCGUGGCCGCAAGAGGCCAGCCCCUGGGCAUCAGCAAACUACACAACAGUCCCACCAGGCCGGCCACACUCAGCCACACGCGUCUACCCCCACUCCAGCAUCUGCUGCCUCUACUGCUCCGGCCACGACAGCUUCGGCUCCCAUGCCGUCGACCCCGGCUACUGCGGCUACACCUGUUCCAGCCCCAUCAGUCGCUCAGCAAACUCCCGUCCCUGCACCAACCCCUGGGUCUGAAGCUGCGGAGACCCCUUCACAAGCUCCCCCGGUCAAGAAGAGUCGCACCAACACACCAUGGACGCCGGCUGAAGAACUGAGACUGAAGCAGAUGCGCGAUGCAGGUAACAGUUGGGCGGAGAUUGCCAAGACUUUCCCAACAAGAACAGAAGGUAGCGUGAAGAAGCAUUGGUACAAGGAUAUGCAUUAUGCCGAAUUUGCCGAGGAUGAGAGCCAGGCUCUGCUCAACGCUAUUAAAGAUUACGAAAACAACAAGUGGAAGACGAUUGGUCAGAAAGUUGGCAAACCUGCAAAAGCCUGUGAGCAGUAUGCGAAGGAACACUUUCCUGAUCACUUUGCAACCCAAAAGACUCAAAUUGCCAAUGUUCUGAUGAACAGCAGGGUCAACGACGACUGUAAAGCUAGUGCCGAGCACAGAAGGACCUCGUAG